CCUCGCCGCGUCUGCGCAGAGCUGAGAAAAUAGGGCAGGAGGAAGGUUUUCCCCCUCGCUCUCAUUCUGUUGUUUGUCUCGGAGCGGAAGGAGCGUUGUUGGGAGAAACUGCGUCGUUUGUUAAUUAAAGAACACACGCAAACACGAAAGCACCAUGUCUGAUGAAGGAAAGCUUUUUGUUGGUGGGCUGAGCUUUAACACAGAUGAACAAUCGCUGGAGCAGUUAUUUUCCAAGUAUGGUGAAGUUCGUGAUGUCCUUGUGAUCAAAGAUAAAGAGACACACAAAUCUAAAGGGUUUGGUUUUAUUACUUUUGAAAAUCCUGAUGAUGCAAGAGACGCCAUGGCCAUGAAUGGAAAGUCAGUUGAUGGUCGGCAAAUUCGUGUAGACCAGGCAGGAAAAGGAUCUGGGGGGCGAUCUCGUAAUUACCAAGGUGGUCAGUCACGAAGCUACGGAUUCUAUGGUGGAAGAGGCAGCCGUGGAUUUUACAGAGGCGGUGACAGAAGUGGACGAAACAAUUACAGAAAUGACUACUACAAUAGGAGCCAAGGCUCAGGCACGUAUGGCUAUAACAAUUCAGCUGGAAGGUCCUACCGGGAUGACUACGAUAGCUAUGCUACAAAUGAAUAAUCAAUCUCCUUGAAUCAAGAUCAUCAUCCUUUUGGCUCUUGAGUUUUGGAACUACAGAAAGCAGUUGUCUUCUGAACUUGUCUGUUUAACAUGAUCAAAAUUAUUGACAGUAACUUCUGACUUGAAUGUGCAUUUACUUUUAGGUCAACAAUGACCCUUUGAACCUAUUUAUUACAAAUUUUUCACUUUCAGGCCUAUAUCUACAAAGACAGACUUAAUCAUCAUUUUUAUCCUGUUGAAAUCUCAAUCAGUUCUUGCCCUUUUUAUCCAGUUCUUUUCUUUGCUGUAUUUUUGAUGCUUUUACCCCUCUGCUGCCUAUAAUCAGUCUGAGCUGCAGAGAAUUGACUAUGACUUUUAUUUGUUGAAAUAAAAUUAUACACCGACUUUCCUGAUGGUAAAUCAACAUUCAGUCGUUCUGCCUGUCAUUGAAAAUUGCAGUAAAAUGUUCAAAUCUACUGGAUCUUGCAUAUUUAGCCUGUUUACAAAAGAAAAUCUAAUAGGCUUGUUUUUGGAAAAUUAUAUACUGAUAAAGUUGGCCAUUUGUUCAUGCUGUAUUUCAUGCUCGAGGAUGAAACUUCUUUUUGUAUAAACUUGGCUUUUUGGAAACUGAUUAAAGAACCUUGCCCAAA